UAAGUGUAUUGUUUACAGUCCGUGUUAGGUAAAGCAAAAUCGCCGUCUCCCUAACACAAACCCUAACACAAAUGAGUAUGAGUAUGGCAGAUGAAGCGGAAGACGCCAUAUUGGCAUAUCUCAAAGACAACGAUGAGAUUUCAAAUUCUGCUGACUUUGCCCAGGAUUUGGGUUUUAGCCAUGACGACAUCGUCAAUGUCAUUCGCAGACUCCAUGGCUUUCGACUUGUCGAUGCUAAGGACAUUAGGAGAGAGAGAUGGGUGCUUACUGAAGAGGGGAAAACUUAUGCUGCUGUAGGUUCUCCAGAAUUUCAGCUUUUCUCAGCAGUACCACCGGAGGGAAUUGCGCGGGAAGACUUGCAGAAAAAAUUGGAUCCUGCAGUUUAUAAAAUUGGUUGUCAGCAAGCUAUAAAGAACAAGUGGGUGGAGAUGGCAAAAACACUUGUGUCAAAGAAGGUCCAACAUGCUGAUGACAAAGUUAAAAAUUUGCUGUUGCGGAUACAAAAUGACGAGGCUGUCAAUCAGGAAGAUAUUGAUGCUCUAAAGCGAAGAAAACUAACAAUUCAGCAGGUUUGGAAAGGAAAUUCCGUAAGAAAAGGUCCCGAAUAUGCCCCCAAAAGGAAAAGAGCAGCGACUGAUCUCACUCGGGAAAAUUUACAGAGGGGUGACUGGAAGGAAUUGGAAUUUAAAGAGUACAACUUCAGUGCUAAAGGUCAGCCAGUUGAAGGCGGCCAUCUUCAUCCAAUCCUCAAGGUUAGGCGGCAGGUACAAACGAUUUUUCUUAAUAUGGGGUUUGAGGAGAUGCCAACAAAUAAUUAUGUCGAAAGCAGUUUUUGGAACUUCGAUGCACUUUUCCAGCCCCAACAGCACCCUGCCCGUGAUUCACAUGAUACUUUCUUUUUGAAAGUGCCUUCCUCUACAAAGAUGCUGCCAGAAGAUUAUGUUGAGCGGGUAAAAGAAAUUCAUGAAUCUGGUGGUUACCAAUCUAGGGGAUAUGGGUAUGAUUGGAAAAGAGAGGAAGCGAACAAGAAUCUUUUGCGGACACACACUACUGCUGUUUCGACAAGAAUGUUGUAUGCAUUAGCUCAGAAGCCAUUCGCCCCCAAGAAAUACUAUUCUAUUGAUCGUGUUUUCAGAAAUGAAGCAGUUGAUCGGACACAUCUUGCUGAAUUUCAUCAGAUAGAAGGUUUAAUAUGUGAUCGUGGACUUACUCUUGGUGACCUGAUUGGUGUUCUUCAUGACUUCUUUUCUCGUCUAGGAAUGUCCAAGCUUCGGUUCAAACCUGCUUAUAAUCCUUAUACUGAACCCAGCAUGGAAAUUUUCAGCUACCAUGAAGGCUUUAAGAAAUGGGUGGAAGUUGGAAAUUCUGGUAUGUUUAGGCCUGAAAUGCUUCUUCCUAUGGGUCUGCCAGAAGAUGUUCGGGUUAUUGCCUGGGGCCUUUCCCUUGAGAGGCCCACCAUGAUUCUCUACGGAAUUGACAACAUCAGAGAUCUUUUCGGUCCCAAGGUGGAUCUAGGUCUCAUCAAAAGAAAUCCAAUAUGCCGGCUUGGACUUUAGUAUACAACAUCCUGUGUUGGACAUUGUUUAUGGUUGAGUAAGUCAUCCCAUAUCACUCCUACCAGUUGGACCAGCCCAGAACCGGUUGAAACUGGCCAGCAUAAGAAAGCCCAGAAUUGGCCCAAAAAGUUAUUGGGUCAGAAGACGGCCCAAGUUUCACGUGUGGGUUGGGCUAGCCAUUUUCUUGUCUAAAGCAGCAUUAUAGUCGGGUACAUUAAUUAGAGAUUUCGAGUUCGAAUUAUAAGAAUGAAGUCAAUUUCACUAGAAAAUGUGUUUACCUUAAAAUGGACUUUUUCGACAUGAUUAGUCUAAGUAAAAAGUAGUACUGCCUCAAACAUGCAGAGAGUCGGACUCAGGAUUUUGAGCGCAACGGGGGAACACUAAAUUAAGUACCACUGAGGUUCGAACUCAAGCUACACAAUCUAAUAAAUAUGUUUGUGAGGUCUUUUUCAACUAUA